AUGGGUCUUACAUACAUUCCUAGUAAAAGUACUGUCACCGUCUACCAACUGUGGAUGAGAAUUACACCUCAAGAUAUCUGUGAACAAAUACUGGAACUUGCAAAAAAGGGUUUAAUGCCCUCACAAAUUAUUAUAUACCUUCAGAACUUGUAUGAUAUAAAGCCAAUUAAAAACAUUACUGUGAAUAAAAUUCUUCGAAUCUUAAGGUUUUAUAGUCUAGCACCCGAGAUUUCUGAAGACCGUCAUCAUUUGAUUAAGAAAGCUGUAGUUGUUUGA